CGCGCGGGGCGGGGCGGCCGGAAGUGACGUCGCGGGCGGUGGCGGAGCGGCGGAACGAGGCGGCGGCGCGGCCGGGCCGGGCCCGGGGCACCCCGGCACAGAUGGACCCGUCGUCCCCGCCCUUCCUGCUGGCCAAGCUGACCCCGCUGCACUCGGAGCAGCUCCUGCAGGGCCUCAACCUCCUGCGGCAGCACCAGGAGCUCUGCGACAUCGUGCUGCGCGUGGGCGAGGCCAAGAUCCACGCGCACAAGGUGGUGCUGGCCAGCAUCAGCCCCUACUUCAAGGCCAUGUUCACCGGGAACCUGUCAGAGAAGGAGAACGCCGAGGUGGAGUUCCAGUGCGUGGACGAGGCGGCGCUGCAGGCCAUCGUGGAGUACGCCUACACCGGCACCGUCUUCAUCUCGCAGGACACCGUGGAGUCGCUGCUGCCCGCCGCCAACCUGCUGCAGGUCAAGCUGGUGGUGAAGGAGUGCUGCGCCUUCCUGGAGAGCCAGCUGGACCCCGGCAACUGCAUCGGCAUCUCGCGCUUCGCCGAGACCUACGGCUGCCACGAGCUGUACCUGGCGGCCAACAAGUUCAUCUGCCAGAACUUCGAGGACGUGUGCCAGACCGAGGAGUUCUUCGAGCUGACGCACUCGGAGCUGGACGAGAUCGUGUCCAACGACUGCCUGAACGUGGUGACGGAGGAGACGGUGUUCUACGCGCUGGAGUCCUGGAUCAAGUACGACGUGCAGGAGCGGCAGAAGUACCUGGCGCAGCUGCUGCACUGCGUGCGCCUGCCCCUGCUCAGCGUCAAGUUCCUCACGCGGCUCUACGAGGCCAACCACCUGAUCCGGGACGACCACACCUGCAAGCACCUGCUCAACGAGGCCCUCAAGUACCACUUCAUGCCCGAGCACAGACUGUCCCACCAGACCAUGCUGCUGACGCGGCCCCGCUGCGCGCCCAAGGUGCUCUGCGCCGUGGGGGGCAAGGCCGGGCUCUUCGCCUGCCUGGAGAGCAUGGAGAUGUAUUUCCCCCAGAACGACUCGUGGAUCGGCCUGGCCCCUCUCAGCAUCCCCCGCUACGAGUUCGGGAUCUGCGUGCUGGAGCAGAAGAUCUACGUGGUGGGCGGCAUCGCCACGCACGUGUGCCAGGGCAUCAGCUACAGGAAGCACGAGAGCUCCGUGGAGUGCUGGGACCCCGACACCAACACGUGGAGCUCCCUGGAGAGGAUGUUCGAGAGCCGCAGCACGCUGGGCGUGGCCGUGCUGGCCGGGGAGCUGUACGCCCUGGGCGGCUACGACGGCCAGUCCUACCUGAGGAGCGUGGAGAAGUACAUCCCCAAGGUCAAGGAGUGGCAGCUGGUGGCCCCCAUGAGCAGGACACGGAGCUGCUUCGCUGCUGCCGUGCUGGACGGGAUGAUUUAUGCCAUCGGGGGGUAUGGACCUGCCCACAUGAACAGCAUGGAGCGCUACGAUCCGAGCAAGAACUCCUGGGAAACCGUGGCCUCCAUGGCUGACAAACGGAUAAACUUUGGGGUGGGGGUCAUGCUGGGCUUCAUCUUCGUGGUGGGGGGACACAAUGGGGUGUCCCACCUGUCCAGCAUCGAGAGAUACGACCCCCACCAGAACCAGUGGACGGUGUGCCGGCCCAUGAAGGAGCCCAGGACAGGCGUGGGGGCGGCGGUGAUCGAUAACCACCUGUACGUGGUGGGGGGGCACUCGGGCUCGUCCUACCUGAACACGGUGCAGAGGUACGAGCCCAUCUCGGACUCGUGGCUGGACUCGGCGGGGAUGAUGUACUGCCGCUGCAACUUCGGCCUCACCGCCCUCUGAGGCCCUGCCCGCUCGCCGCUGGCCUCGGCCGGAGCUGAUCCUGCUGCACGGCGAUCCCGCGGAGCGGCGGCCCCGGCGCUGCAGCUCGCCUUGCCAUGGAAACGAGGAGGGAUUCGGUCCUUGCCGUAGUUCUCCUUUGUUACUGCAGUAGCAGAGGGUGGGAAGCGGAGUGUCCAGCUGGGUUUGGCUGGCACCCUGCUCGUGGCAGUGGAUUUGGGAGAGAACUGAGAUCCAGUUGGGAAUUUGUCCAUCCAACCCUUCCUAGAGCUUUUGUCUCUUCCUCUUCUGGAAUGUGGAGUUCCCUGUGCUGGGGUGAAGUGGGGUGAGAGCGUGGGGCGAGUGCAGGGGUGCUGACCCCUGGCUGUGUGUGCACGUGGGGAAAGCGCCAGUGCUUCACGGGGUUUUUUAUGACCAGUAACUCAAGGGCUGCCUUGUUUCUGUAUCUCAAGGUUUGUAAAUAAUAAAUGCCAUAGGAUGUUGCCUGUA